AUUUCCAGCAUCUGCAGAUACUGUCUUGUUUGUACUUGACCUAGGCAGCUUUGUGCAAUGCAAACAGAAAGGCAUCAACUUUCUCCAUGUUGGCGUGCAGGCCACAUGAUCUGCUGUUCACUGACUUGUAUCAUAUAACGCAGUGACAAUAAAUGCUAUUCUGAUGGGUUGGAGUGGUACAGUAUGGAACAUUACUGCCACAUUUGGAACAGUUGCUUCACAGCAUCCACAUUCAUCGACUGGCAUUUGAUUCCAGCCACUCUCUAUAAGAAGUUUGUACAUUCCUUCUGGGUGCUCUGGUUUCCUACCUACCACAAUCCAAAGAUGUAUGGGCUGGGGUUAGUAACUAGUGGGCACUCUGAAAGUACGGGCAAUGUUCCCUCUCAUUUAUAGUAACUAGUGUGUGCAAAAAUCUUGUGCUGUGGAAUUUUAUGCCCACUGACAACAGCAUUCGCACAGAGAAUAAUUUCUUCAAUAAGCCAGUUCUAAAAUCUGCAGACAAAACUCCACGUUGUCAAUACUGUCUGCAUCAGAAACCAGAAAAGGAAAUGUGCUUGUAUACAAUUUAACAUGCCAACCAGGUAGAGGGUGACAAACUUUUAUGCGCAGUUUAAAUUCCUUUGUGUGCUAGUAACAAAAGAUGCGCAUGCCUUAGAGGAAACAUUGAGUGUAGGGGCACUUGUGGGCCUUCUGCUGAUUUGGUUGGGUGCAAAUGGUACAUUUCACUAUAUAUUUCAAGGGAUAUGCAAUAAAUCUAAUCUUUAAUCCUUCUCUUGAGGGUAGAGUAGUUCAGCACGUGACAGACUCCAUGUUUUAGUUCCUUGCUUCUGGGUGCCCAACCUAUUACUUGGAUAUGGCCACGUUGAGAUGGCAUGCUGGCUCCCCAUGACUAUGUGGGUUUUCCCCUGGUGCUCCAGAUUUCUUCCACAUUCCAAAAACCUACAGGUUAGGGUUAGUAAGUUGUGGGUAUGCUACAUUAAUGAACGCUGGAAGUGUGGUGUCCUGCACCCUUCCUCCUCAAAAACAAUCCUCGGGGGGGGGGGGGGGAAACAGAAAAGAACUUUCUGAUCUAUGCCUGACAAAUACUAACCUUUAUCCUUCUAAUUGCAGGCAUAUGGGAAUAGGUGAGAUGGUCAGCAGGGGCCAUUUGGGCUGAAGGGCCUGUUUCUUUGCCGUAUGACACGGUUUACCCAUUUGUAUUUGUCCCAUUCAUCAGUACUAGGGCCAUAGCUUUCCACACCUUGGAGAUUCAAGUGCUCAUCUGGAUAAUUCUUAAAUGUUAGGAUACCUGCUUCAAUCACCUUCUCAGGCAGUCUGUUCUGGAUUCUAACCAUCUCGGACCCCUUUCAAAUGUCCUCUCCUUGCCCUCAGCCAGGGUGUCCCAACCUGGGGUCCAUGCUGUUGCUGCUUGUUACAAUGCUGGUGUUUCAGGCAGCAAUGAAGGUCCUCCAUCUCAGGUGGUGUUCAGGGUUUCCUUCAUCACUUCAGUAGCUUCCUCUUGGUUUCCACUACUAGCAGUUGUACAAGUCUUGGGAGGGGACUCGGGAAUAUCAUCACAAUUGGAUGCAGAAGGAACCCACAUUGCUGUUUCCAUAACAAUUUUGUAUAACCAGUCAGGGUUGUUGGCCCUGAGCUGAACCUGGAGAACUAGAGGAUCAAUCCUGGCCUGGCCUCUACCCUUGGACCUUUUUGGGCCCUUUGCUUAAUGGUAUUGGUCCAUGGCAUUAAAAAAAGGUUGGGAACUCCUGCCCUAAGCCAAUGCCCUACAGUUGUAGAUGCUUCUGCUAUUGGGGAAAAUUUUGUAUAUUUUCUCUAAUUGAUGCCUCUAUGAAAUCCAAGGGAACCAAAACUAGCCUCUUCAUAGCUGUAACAUUACAACCCAGGCAACAAUCUGGGAUAAGAGGAUAAGAUCUAAGUGAAUAGGGCCAAUCGAGUGUGACAGUGGAAAAGUGUGUAUAGAACCGGAGGAAAUAGUGGAGAUACUUAAUGAAUACUUCAGUCUUCACUACAGAAAAGGAUCCUGGCAGUUGUAGGGAUGAUUUACAGUGGAUUGAAAAGAUUGAGCAUAUAGACAUUAAGAAAGAGGAUGUGCUGGAACUUUUGGAAAGCAUCAAGUUGGAUAAGUCUCUGGGACCUAGUCUACUGUGGGAGGCAAGGGAGAAGAUUGCUGAGCCUCUGUCAAUGAUCUUUGCAUCAUCAACGGGGACGGGGAGGUUCACUUAUUCAAUAAAGGGAGUAGAGAUAGCCCAGGAAAUUAUAGACCAGUGAGUCUUGCUUCAGUGGUUGGUAAGUUGGUAGAAAAGAUCCUGAGAGGCAGGAUUUAUGAACAUUUGGAGAGGCAAAAUAUGAUCAGGGAUAGUCAGCAUGGCUUUGUCAAAGGCAGGUUGUGCCUUACAAGUCUGAUUGAAUAUUUUGAGGAUGUGACUAAACACAUUGAUGAAGGUAGGGCAGUAGAUGUUGUGUAUAUGGAUUUCAGUAAGGCAUUUGAUAAUGUACCCCAUGCAAGGCUUAUUGAGAAAGUAAAGAGGCAUGGGAUCCAGGGGGACAUUGCUUUGUGGAUCCAGAACUGGCUUGUCCACAGAAGGCAAAGAGUGGUUGUAGACAGGUCAUAUUCUACAUGGAGGUUGGUAACUAGUGGUGUGCCACAAUGAUCUGUUCUGGGACCCCUUUGAAACUUUUAUAAAUGAUCUCAAUGAGGAAGUGGAGGGAUGGGUUAGUAAAUUUGCUGAUGACACAGAUGUUGGGGGUGUUGUGGAUGGUGUGGAGGCUGUCAGAGGUUACAGCAGGACAUUGAUAGGAAGUAAAACUGGGCUGAGAAGUGGUAGAUGGAGUUCAACCCAGAAAAGUGUGAGAUGGUUCAUUUUGGUAGGUCAAAUAUGAUGGCAGAAUAUAGUAUUGUAUUAAUUCUUUCAUGCUUAUCCCCUCCCCCCCCUUUAUCCUUCCUCUGAUUGGUUCUCCACCUGAUGCCUCUAGCCCUUUCCCCUCCCCUAUCCCUAUUACUGGGCUUCGGUCCUCUCUUCCCCCACCCCCCCAUUCCUGAUGAAGGGUCUCGGCCCGAAACGUUGGCUACUGUUUCCUCACGGAUGCUGCCUGACCUGCUGAGUUCUUCCAGCAUCGUACGCAACCCUGAGGGAUGCCCCACCGGUCAGAACUCGUGGAAGCCUUGCGCUACCGGCUGCAGGAGGCCACAGAGUGUGCCGAGCCAGACGUCCUGCGGGCGGUGACAGUCGAUGUCGACAAGAAACUGGCGAGCCUGCCCUUCCCGCUACCCUCCAGGAGCACUUCCUUCCGAGAAGCUGAGGUGGAUCCCAGGGCUGAGGCGCUCUACCCAGCAGAUGCCCCGCUGGGCAUGGUGCCGCUGGCGGGCAGGGGCGUGGGUGACCGUCUGUUCGAGGCGGCCAGUGUGCUGCUGUUGGGAGAUGGCAGUCUGAGCACGGAGCUGCAGCUGAGGACGAUGGUGGAAAUGGUGCUGCACAAGCAGUACUACCUGAACGGAAUGAUCGACUCGAAGGUGAUGCUGCAGGCGGCCAGGUACUCUCUGUGCACCGAGGAGUCGGCCCACUGCAUGAACCUGCCCAUGGCCAUCCUGGAGGCUAUCUUUGAUGCCGACGUGAAGGCCACCUGCUACCCGGGAGCCUUCACCAACAUGUGGCACGUCUACGCACUGGCCUCUGUGCUGCAGAGUGACAUCUACUCCAUUUACCCCAUGAGAAACCUGAAGAUCCGCCCCUACUUCAACCGGCUGAUCGGCCCCCGGAGCCGGCCGCCCGGGCCCUCGCUGCCCACCCUGCACAUCAUGUGGGCGGGCAAGCCCCUCUCCCAGGAUGUCUUCAGGCCCCAGUACUUUGCCCCCGUUGUCUCCCUGCGCGGCCUGGACAGGCCGGCCCCGCCGCUGAAGACGCUGGAGCUGCUCAAUGCCGAGCCUGACAUCUCCUACUCGGUGCUGCGGGAGAGGUACAGCAUCACCAAGAGCACCUUCUACCGCUGGAAGCGGCAGUCGCGGGAGCACCGGCGGCGGGCGGCCGCCCGUUACGAGGCCCGCCACUACUUGCAGCGCUGCUUUGCCGAGGGCGGUGGCUUCCUGCCGCUCCAGCAGUUCCGCAGCCGGUUCCCGGACAUCUCCCGCUCGACCUACUAUGCCUGGAAGCACGAGAUGGUGCUGUUGGCCGGCGGGAGGCUGCCGCCCGGGCCUGGCGCUGGAACAGAGCCUGAGCCGGGCGGGGGAGGGGCUCCGCCUGGCAGCGAGGGCCCGGCGAAGGAGGCGGUCGGCCCGUCCGCUCAGCGGUCUCCCUCCAUGCAGCAGGCCAGGAGCUUCCUGCAGGAAUGCGUUCUCCUCAAUGCUUGCCCGCCUUACAGGAGCUUCAGGAAGAGCUACCCCUGGAUCUCCCGAUCCACGUACUACAACUGGAGGAGGGAGGCGAUGUGCCGGACGCGGGAUGGCCACCAGCACCACAGGAACGGGCGCGCCAGCGGCCUGGCCCCGCCUCCACCCACUUCCCAGCUUGGGAGCAGUGGUGAUGGUAAGAGCCACCCCCUGCCGGGUCAGGCGGCCGCCCCUUCUUUCCCCGCCAGACUGCGGAGGGUGAGGGAGUGGCAGCGGCUGCGGCAGGAGGCCAGGAGGCGAGCUCAGAGCUGGCAGAUGCCCCUGUCUGCCCUCCGCGUGCGCUUCCCCUCCAUCUCCACCGCCACCUUCCUGCGCUGGUGGGCCCUGGCCCAGAAGACUGGCUCCCGGGAGCCCAGGCGGCCCCACAGGGAGUUGCCCGCCCCUGUCACUGUCCUGCAGACCAGGGCCUCCUCGGUCCCGGAGAUCCCGGGAGCCGGGGUGAUGCCGGAGCCCAAUGGGUUGGCUGUCUGGCCACUGGCUCCAGCUACUCAACAUGGGCCAUCGUCCAAAGCCAAGGCCAAGUUAUUCCUUCAGCGCCGCUAUGUGUCCAGGGACUUCCCAACCUUCCGUGAGUUUAGUGGCUACUUCCCUCACACCCCGCGUUCCACCUACUACAUGUGGAAGCGGGCGCUCAGCAACGGGAUGAUGCUGAUGCACUGCCCGGGGGCGCCAGAGGAAAAGCAGACCUAGCUGGGAUCCUUGGCCAGGGAAACGCAACCCCUGUUGGGAUUCUCUUGGAAUCUCCAGCCUGGUCCUGGAUCAACCAGACCAAGUCCAUUCCUGGCCGCUAACUGGGAUUCCACCAGGGUUCUUCAACCUUCACCGGGACCCCUGACGGGUAUCCAUUGGGAUUCACCAGCCCUGACUGGGAUCAAUCAGGUGGAUUGUACCCCUGACACAGGGAAAAACUAGUCCUGACUGGGAAUGGCUUGCUCUUUCUUAACCGGGAUUAACCAGGGAUCUCCAACCUUGUCCAAGAAUUCUGAUGCUGACUGGGGAAAUUCAGUCCCUCUCUGCCUUUUAACUGGCACAUAAAAACUACCUCACCUCAAAUUUUGGGCAACCUGGCCUAAUACAACCUCAAGAAACCUGGUUUGAUCACUGCCCCUCAAAGCAUCUGGGACUGUUUGCUCUGAGGAAGGGAAACGGUUACUGUGCUUAGUUCUUUUACACAGGGAUACAGUGAACUGACUCAUGGAUCCACGCACUGACUGCUGAAAUGAUUCCUGUUGUUAGGUCUGAGCUACUUUUGUGUUUUUUCUAAUACACUGAAUAAUAAUAUUCUGGUGGAAUAUGCACAUGAGGUUUCCUGUAUAUUUUUGUACCUCGUCUGACAUGUGAAUUGUAUUUUUGCAUAUAUUAUGUUAAUUGUAAAUGUAGAUUUAACUAGCAGCAAUUGGUCCAAUUCUCUGGCCUUACUGAAAAGGAGUUGGGUAAUGGCAGCUACAUUAUUUAAUCAGAGAAGUUUUAAGACCUGUAGAGUGGUGUGUGAACUUAAAUGUUGCAAUUAAUUCAGCAUUCACCACUUCACACUCGCACCAUUCUGAGUGAAGAAGAUUUCCCCCCCAUGUUCCCCUUAAAUAUUUCACUUCUUUUACCCUUAACCUAUGACCUCUAUUGUAGUCUUUCCACAAUGGCCAUCAAGCAGUCAUUCAAUAAUUACAUGCCAGUCCCACAUUCAAUUCGGCCGGAAUUCACCUCCAACCAACACACUAGGGGCAAUUUACAAUGGCCAUUUAGCUGAACCACUUGCACAGAGAGCAGUACAGAAACAGACCAUUCAGUGCAUCUAUUCUAUGCCGAGCUGCUACUGCCUAGUCGUAUCAACCCCACACCACAGACGUCCCUCCUCCCCGCAUCCAUGUACUUACCAAAGGACACUUAAAUGCUGCAAUCAAACCCACAUUCAUCACUUCUGCCAGUGCUUCAGCUCGUUCCACACUCUCGCCACUCUGUGAGUGAAGAAGUUCCAACUCGCGUCCCCCUGAAACAUUUCACUUUUGACCUGUGACCUCUGUCUGGUUCAAGUCUCACCCAGCCUGAGUGGGCAAAGCCCUCUUACAAAUUCCACCUGGGAGAAGGCCAUACAGUCACAGAGAGACUGGGGAAGACUCCACACAGACAGCACCCAAGGUCAGGAUUGAACCUGAUUCAGUUGGAGUUGGGAAGCAGCAACUCUAUCUGCUGUAACAUUGAGACAUCCUGCUGGUGUAGAAGUGUGGACUAGUGGGGAGGCGGACACAUGUUUGUGGUUGCAAAUAGGCUUAUCCAGGAUCAACUUUAUUCACGAUGUUACUUUUAUUAGCAGUUUGCUGUGAGUGUUCUUUAUUUGUUAUUUUUAUUUGGAGAUACAGGAAGGAGUAAUGUCCUUCAGGCCCCUGCAACCCAGAUUUAACCCUAACCUAAUCACAAGACAAUUUACAAUGACCAAUUAACCUACCCGGUACGUUGUUGGCCUGUGGGAGAAAAAAACCAGAUCACCUGGAGCAAAUCCAUGUUUUCCACGGGGAGAACGUACCUGAGACUCCUCACGGAGGGCGCCAAGAUUGAACUUCAAACUCUGCUGCUGUAAUAGCUUUGUGUUAACCGCUAAGGUACAUGACAUGUAGCAGCAGCAUUCAACAAUGAUUAUUUAUGUAAAAAUAUAGUUAGAGGUUAAAGUACAGAUAUGAAAUAAAAUAAAUACAUAAAUUAUUAUUCAUCUUCACACCUUUAGCAUUUUUUUUAAUGAGGCCAAGUUGCUAGCUCAACCCGUCACGGAUGGAAAGCGUGCAAGAAGCCAGCUGGAUUUGAACCUAAAACAAUUCCUCUCAUUAUCUAGUGCAGAUGCCAGUACACCACCAGCUGACUUGUAUACAUAAAUGCCAGCAUGCAAUUACAAUGUAAACAGCUUACUAAAAAGUGGUUGAAGUGUUUACAGUGCGGUGACUGAGAUAAUAGAUCAGGGGUCCCCAUCCUGGGGUCAUGGACCCUUAGGUUAAUGUUUGGAGUCUAUGGCAUAAAAAGGGUUGGGAACCUAUGUUAUAGAGGGAGUAGGGUAACUAAACAGAAUGCUCAGAUUCACUGUCAACCACUAUAGAGCCCGUCUCCUGCCAAGUGAAUACUGAAGGGCAGCACCAGCCCAGAUGCCUCCCCCACAUCAUCACCAUGGCUUGAGACCAGUCCUUGCACAUACAAGACCAGCAUGUAUGGAGUAACAGUAGAGCCAUUGCUUCCAGCGUAGAGAUAAUUAUUCCCACUCUUUGCCUGCUGCCAAUCUUCUUUCCAUGGUAGUAUCUUUCCUGUAAUACCCUGGGCUCUUGUUUAGUACGUUGUCAUAGGCCUGAAAAUCCAAAUAAACAACAUCGACAGAGUUUCCUUUGUCCCGUCAUGCCUGUUGUUUGCUCAAAUAAUUCCAACGGAUCUGUCAGGCAAGAUUUCCCCUAAAUGAAACCAUGCUCGCUUUGGCCUAUUUUAUCAUAUACUCUGAAAUCUCAUCCAACAUCUUCCCAACCACUGAGGUUAGGCUAACAGGUUUAUAAGUUCCUGUCUUCUGCCUCCCUCCCUUCUCAAAGAGUGGAGUCGCAUUUGCAAAUUUCCAGUCCAACAGGAAGCUUUCUAUUAAAACCCCAAACCAGUGUGAAAGCACGUAACCUGACAGGCUCUUGUUUGAUGUGUUAACAGUAAAAUAAGCAUCAUUUCACCAGGGUUCAGUGGUAAGGAAGGCUAUUAAUUUUGAGAGGCCUACAGUAUAAGACCAAGGAUGGAAUGCUGAGGCUUUAUGGUCAGUCUGCUCUUGAAAUAUUGUGAUCAGUUUUGGGCCUCCUAUCUGUGAAAGGAUGUUCUGGCAUUGGCGAGAUUCUGGUGAAGGUUCAUGAGAAUAAUCUCAGGAAUGAAAUGGUUAAUUUAUGAGGAGUGGUUAAUGACUCUGGACCUGAACACGCUGGAGUUUAGGAGAAUAAGGAGAGAUGUCAUUGAAAACUAUUGAAUAUUGAAAGGCCUUGAUAUAGUGAACAUACAGAGGACAUUUCUAUAGCAGGGGAGUGUAGGAACAGAGGGCACAGCAUCAGAAUAGAAGCAUGUCACUUUGAAACUGAUGAGGAGGAUUUUUUUUUAACUAGAGGGUGGUGAAUCUGUGGAAGUUAUUGCCAUAGAUGUUUGUGGAGGCCAAGUCAUUGGGUAUGUUUAAAGCAGAGUGUGAUGGGUUCUUGAUUAGUCAGGGUAUCAAAUAUUUUGGGGAGGAGUCAGGGGAACGGUGUUGAGAGAAAUAAUAAAAUACCUAUGAUUGAAUGGCUGAGCAAACUUUGUUGGGCUGAACAGCCUAAUUCUGCUCCAAUAUGUUAUGGCUUUAUGGUUCCAGGUUUCCAAGAACUUGGAUAAUGGAGGCAGGAUAUGCACCAGAAAGUGCAUGGCGCAUAUCCCACACAGAAAGAGAAAGAUUAGCUUCAUCUGCACAUGUACAUCAAAACAUACUGUGAAAUGGUUUGUUUGCAUCUGAGAAUGUGCUGGGAUCAGCCCGCAAGUUUCAUAAUGCUUUCGGCAUGUCCCCAAUUUACUAACCCUAACUUGUAUGUAUUUUGAAUGUGGGAAGAAGCCAUUGUACCCAGUUGUCAUGGGGAGAAUGUGUAACUCUCCAGACAGUGGUGGGAACUGAACCUGUGUUGCUGGCACUGUAGAGCAUUACAUGAAUUGCUAUGCUACUUUGCAGCCCCAAUAUUCACCAUUGUCCUGCAGGUCUGACCAUCCUCCUCUAAACUUUGAAAUGCUUCCAUUGACUUCAUUGUUGACUGCCUGGCACCACCAUACUUUGUCAAUUGGGAAGUGAGCAGAACUUGAGGUGAACUUUAAAUUCAUCAUCAACUGGAAAAUUUAAAUUGAUCUUCAACUCCCACGUCCUUGUGGGAGAUGAAAAGUCUUGCCCAAUGACCCUUGGUUCCUGAAAAUCCCUUCAUUGUCAGAGCUUACAGUCGGGAGAUUAAGAGAUUUGUAAGCUGUAGUGCUAAGGAUUUGGUGAAUCAUGAUAAAGCCUGUAGAGAUGUAAAAUAUUAAGAAAUAAACGUGAGAAGCCCUGUUUCUCACUUGACAAUUUCUGUGUUGUCGCUGUUAGAUAACUACAGCUGUGAAGAUCCCUGCAGCAUCCGGUGACCCUGUGAUAUCAGUCUCUGAGGCAGGUGUUAGGCCGUCUUUCAGGAGGGUGAACCCUCACAAGGCGGAAGGUCCCAAUGGAGUACCUGGUAAGGCUCUGAAAACCUGUGCCAAGCAACUGGUGGGAGAAUUCAAGGACGUUUUCAAACUUUCACUGCUGCGGUUGGAAGUUCCUACCUGUUUCAAAUAGGCAACAAUUAUACCAGAGCCCAAGAAGAGUAGUGUGAGCUGCCUUAUUAACUAUCAUCCAGUAGCGCUCACAUCUACAGUGAGAGGUUUGAGAGGUUGGUCAUGGCUAGAAUGAAUUCUUCCCUGAGCAAGGACCUGUACCCACUGCAAUUUUGCCUAUCGCCUCAAAAGGUCGACAGCACAUACAAUCUCAAUAGCUCUUCACAUGGCCUUAGAUCACUUGGAUAAUACAAACACCUACGUCAGGAAGCUGUUUGUUGACUAUAGCUCAUUAUUCCUGAAGUCCUGAUUGAAAAGUUGCAGAACCUGAGCCUCUGUACCUUCCUCUGCAAUUAGAUCCUCAACUUCCUAACCAGACCACAAAAUGUGUGGGUUGGUGAUAACAUCUCAUCCUUCCUGACGAUCAACUCUGGAGCACCUCAGAGGUGUGUGCUUAGCCCACUGCUCUACUCUCUGUACUCAUGACUCUGUGGCUAGGCAUAGCUCAAAUGCCAUCUAUAAAUUUGCUGCUGAUACAACUAUUGUAGGAGGGAUUUCAGGUGGAGAUUAGAGGGUGUACAGGAGCGAGAUAUACCAGCUAGUUGAGUGGUGUCGCAGCAACAACCUUGCACUCAGUGUCAGUAAGACGAAAGAGCUGAUUGUGAACUUCAGAAAGGGUAAGACGAGGAAACAUGAACCAAUCCUCAUAGAGGGAUCAGAAGUGCAGAGAGUGAGGAAUUUCUAGUUCCUGGGUGUCAAGAUCUCCGAGGACCUAACCUGGUCUCCGCAUAUUGAUGAAGCUACAAAAGAAGGCAAGACAGUGGCGAUAUUUCAUUAGAAGUCAGAAGAGGUUAGGUUUGUCACCUAAAACACUUGUACAGAUGUACCAUGGAGAGCGUUUUGACAGGCUGCAUCACUGUCUGGUAUUGGUGGGGGUGCUUCUGCACUGGACUGAAAAGGUGAAGGAAGUUGUAAAAUUAGUCAGCUGCUUCUUGGGUACCAGCCUCUGUAGUAUCCAAGACAUCUUCAGGGGCAGUGCCUCAGAAAGGUGAUGUCCAUUAAGGACCCCAUCACCCAGGAUGUGCCACCUUCUGAUUGUUACCGUCAAGGGGGAGGUACACAAGCCUGAAGGCACACACUCAGUGAUUCAGGAACAGCUUCUUUCCCUCUGCCAUCUGAUUACUGAAUGGACAUUGAACCCAUGAACACUACCUCACUUUUUUCCAAUAUUUCUGUUUCGCACUAUCUUAACCUAACUAUUCCAUAUACAUUAUUAAAAUAUUGUAGAUGGUUUCCUUAUUUUUUUUCUUUCUAUAUUAUGUAUUGCAUCGAACUGUUGCUGCUAAGUUAAUGAAUUUCACGACAGAUGCCGGUGAUAAUAAACCUGAUU